UGGAGGGAAUACAGGGGGCGGGCUGCGGUAUUAAAGGGAGGGGUAACUGAGGACUCCAGCUCAUUGAUGACGCGCGACCCUCACGUGACCAGGAGUCGACGUGUGCAGAAGUCCUUAUAGUCCGGGGCCUGUUUCCCUGGAGCAGCUCCCUAUUGCUGGAGAAGAAAAGUGCCCCGGAUCCUUUCAGGACUUUUGGCGUUUUGAGCGCGACACAAAUCGAGUGAGGGAAGAAGGAGAAAAAUCCGCUGGCUCCCUGCAGGAUUAAUUUAUCCAAAAAGGAAAUAGUAAAAAAAUACUCAACAUGCAACAGUCUUGUGAAGAAAAUGAAGGAAAACCACAGUACAUGCCACAGGCUGAAGAAGACCACCCUUCAGAAGAUGUACCAAGGGAGGCAGAAGGAAAUCCUCCGCCUUCCCAGGAAGGUGUCAGGCAGGAGGCAGAAGGAAACCUUAGAAGCGGGCUGACUCAACCUGUGCAGGCAUUCAAAGAGGACACUCCCGUUAGGCAUUUGGACCCUGAAGAAAUGCUAAGAGGAGUAGAUGAGAUGGAAAGGCUUAGGGAAGAAAUAAGAAGAGUAAGAAACAAGUUUGUGAUGAUGCAUUGGAAGCAAAGACAUUCACGCAGACGACCUUAUCCUGUGUGCUUUAGGCCUUGAAUUCUUUUUUUUAAUCUGAUAGUAAAACCUGGCGCCUGCUUUCUGUUAGCAUAUUCUGAUGUAUCUUUUACCUUCGUUUUACUUUUUUAAAUUUUUUUUUAUUGAUUUC